AUGAUCAGUGGGCUGUUCGACGUGUCUUACGCACAUGUGUACAACCUCAGUCUAUCCGUUGAAGAAGGGCUGCCGGCCCGAACAAUCGUUGGUGAUAUACGCGCUGGAUUACCUCAAAACAUUCAAACAAGUGGAUUUUUCAUAUCAGAGAGCAGAGAAUCCUAUGUCUUUAGAGACCUAGAAAUCGACGGAGAAACAGGGAUUAUUUCAACAGCCGUGGUCUUGGAUAGAGAGAGAAGAGACAGGUAUGAUUUUGUUGCCGCUACUCUGACAGGUGAAGUCAUCAAAGUGACGAUAAUUGUCAGGGACACGAACGACCACUCUCCUGUGUUUCCUUCUCCUGUUGUGGUUUUGAACGUUUCUGAACUAAGCCCAACUGGAACUCGUUAUGAACUUGAGGGGGCCCGGGACCUGGAUGAGGGGGGCUUGGGAACUCAAGGGUAUCGCAUCACGGACCGGGCGAUGAGAGAACUGUUCAGGGUGGAGGAGCGCAGUGGAGUGGGCAGCGUGGACCUCAUCCUCUUGGACAAAUUAGAUAGAGAGUCAAGAGACUUUUACAACAUCACCAUUGAGGCCUUUGAUGGGGGAAUCCCCCAGAGGACAGGAAGACUGCAGGUGCAUAUCAAUGUAAUAGAUGAAAAUGACAACCCGCCUAUGUUUAACCAGACAGAAUACACUGUGUUUGUGUGGGAAAAUAUUCCACUGUAUACCCCUGUAUGCCAGGUAUAUGCCACUGAUAUGGAUGUGGGGGCAAAUGCCAAGGUGACGUAUGAAAUAAACCGUCGUCAGAGUGACCCUAAUGAAUAUUUCAUUAUUGAUGAGAAUACUGGAGUAAUCAGUGUGAACCGACCUUUAGAUCAUGAAACACAAAACUUCUAUGAACUGAUUGUUCGGGCCUGGGACGGUGGAACUCAACCAGAAUCCAGUAGCACUUUUGUGGGGAUUAGAGUUCUGGACAUCAAUGACAACAGCCCCACCAUCAGCGUCUUGUUCCUUAGUGCAUCUGGACAACCAGAGGUUUCAGAAAGUGCAAGCCCAGGGGAAUAUGUUGCCAGGAUAUCAGUGACGGACCCUGAUCCAGGAGAAGGCAAUAUGGUGCAUGUUGAUCUGCAAGGUGGAGAUGGGAAGUUCAUCCUAAAGCAGACGGACAGCUCUGUGUAUUCUCUGUGUGUGGCAGGCCAGUUGGACAGGGAAGAGGUUGACCUAUAUGAGCUGAGAGUCAUAGCUGCUGAUGUUGGCAUGCCACCUUUGCAGACUGAGAGGACUCUCUUGGUCCGCGUGGCUGAUGUCAAUGACAAUGCUCCUGUGUUUGAGUUGGAGUACUAUGUGGCACACAUCUUAGAGGAUGCCAAGCCAGGUAGCACUGUUAUGCAGGUAAAGGCCCAAGAUACUGAUGAGGGCUCCAACUCAGACCUCCUCUACAACAUCUUGGAGUCUAAAUGGGAUAGCCUUGUCCAAAUAGAUGCACAGUCUGGACUUGUCACUACUGCAAAAGCGCUGGACCGGGAGCGAGAGGCGGAGAUGCAUUUCCUGGUCGUGGCUGUGGAUAGAGGGUCUCCACCUCUGUCCUCAACGGCAACAGUGACUGUCUACAUUGAAGACAUCAAUGACAACAAACCAGUGUUUAACCAGCAGCUGUAUAACGUGUCCAUCGAAGAACACCUUGAUGUGGGGAGCUGCUUCCUACAGGUUACUGCCACGGAUGCUGAUGGGGGUGAGUUUGGGACGGUGCGGUACUCCCUUUCUGAUGGCUUCAACAGGGAGGACCAGCGACCUCUCUUCCACAUCAACCCUGUUACAGGGGAAAUCUGCGUUGGUCAGGACAUAGAUCGGGACACAGGACUCGUUACCUAUGACCUUCAGGUCAAAGCUAGUGAUCAGGGUGGCCUCAGUUCCCAGGCAUACGUCCACAUUGAAGUGGAAGACCUUAAUGACAAUGCGCCUGUCUUCAACCCUGAGAACUACACCACAAGCAUCAGUGGGCAUACCCAGCCUGGAACAGAGGUCCUGAACGUCAUUGCCACGGACAGAGACUCCGGCCUCUAUGGGGAAAUCACAUAUGAUCUUCAGGCUGGAGACUCUUCGUCUCUCUUCUCUGUGGACAGGACAUCAGGGGCUGUGUACCUCACCUCUGCCCUGAGCCACUUGGGCAGUGCCAGUGUUAAGUUCUCCAUCGCGGCUCAAGAUGGAGGUGGUCAGAUAUCUCCUCAGCCUGCCAAUGUUACGGUCCACAUCCUCCACAGUGCCCAAGCUCCCGCCAUGUUCCAGAGGUCCCACUACUCCUUCUCCGUGUCUGAGGACGCACCCAUAGGCACCACUGCCGGCAUGGUCCAAGCAUUCAACCCUGCUAAUUCUGUGGAGUCUGUGACCUACCGGAUCUCUUCUGGCGAUCCGCAAGGCCUGUUCUCUGUGGAUGCCCAGACAGGUAUCAUCACCACAAGGCAGCUGCUUGAUCACGAGUCCCUGCCCUACGCUCUGCUCACCAUCCAGUCCCACUCCGGCACCUCACCCAUGCACAGCAGCACCCAGGUCAACAUCAGCAUCACUGACAUCAACGACAACCCUCCAUCAUUCCCCCGCCCUUUUGACUCCAUCACCGUCGCCCAGAACACUCUCCCUGGCACUCUGCUUUUCAUAGCGCAUGCCCAUGACGGCGACAGCGGUGCCAACGGAAGGAUCAGGUACUCUUUGCGUUCGGGGGGCAAGCUCUUCUCUAUUGACCCAGUUUUAGGCACGCUGUGGCUUAAUGCCAGCCUCUCAGAUGACCUGCAAGCCUCGCACACCGUGGAGAUAUUGGCGGAGGACGAGGGCUUGCCAGUUUUGUCGUCUCGCUUGACGUUGGCUGUGGAGGUGGACCAGUCCUCUGCCGCUGAAGACACCUUAGCCUUCGAGACCCUGGUGUACCAGGUGGAGAUUGGGGAGAAUGCCCAGAGGGACACGCGCGUCAUCCAGGUGCGAGCACACAUGAGUCCCCAGGGGAGAGCGGCGUCUGUAUUGUCCAACUGUAGCCUCGUCUACACACUGGAGUCCCUCUCCAGCUCUCCGCCCUUCCUCAUCCACCCGGAGAGUGGCUGGAUGUUCCUCUCCGACCGCCUGGACUAUGAGGUGACACCCAUCUACAGAUUCCAGGUCCGGGCGUCAGCUACCGAGGAGGAGAUCACCGUUACUGCCACCGCUACGGUAGUCGUUAUGGUGUUGGACGAGAAUGACAAUGCCCCGGUGUUUAGCCAGAAGGAUUACUUUUUCACUGUGCAGGAAGGCCCUGCUCCACUAGGCCUGAUUGGAACUGUCCAGGCCACUGACCAAGACUCUGGAAAAAAUUCCCAGCUCUCCUACAUUCUAUUGUCGGAUGGGAAACACUUUCGCAUCAACUCCAAAACAGGUGAAAUUACAAACUGGGUGGCGUUGGACAGGGAACAGCAGACCCACCACACGCUGAAGGUGAUGGUGACAGACCAAGGGCAUCCGCACCUGAAUGCCACCACAACCAUCCACAUCCUGGUGAAAGACAUCAAUGACAACCCCCCACAGUUUACACACCUCCCCCCUGGCAAAGAGCUCACUUUGCAGGUCUGGGCUGGUCUACCAGCAGGAGCAGUCAUCACCAGCAUGUUUGCAAAGGAUCUGGAUGCAGGGGAGAAUGGCACUGUCACGUUCUCUCUGAAAACGGAUAUGGGCCACUUCGAGAUUGACCGGCGUAGUGGGGACAUUAGAACAACCACUCAUUUCUCCCUUAAUCCUCAACCACACUACACAAUGACUGUGGUUGCCAAGGACAGGGGCCCCAGUCCACUUCAAACACAAGCCAUAAUACACCUACAGAUCGUCAACAUUGGGAGUGUGCGCUCUAACUCUGGCAUCAAGCACUUCUCCGUGAGAGAGGACGCCAAGCUAGGCACGGUGAUUGGUUCUCUGGGAGUUCCCAGGGUCCCUGCUGGCCAGGUGCGCUACUCUAUUGCAGAGGGGGAUGGAAGCCUGCACUUUGGAGUGGAUGCCUCCUCAGGAGACCUGUACGUGGCUCAGCCUCUGGACUACGAGGCCGCGCAGCGCUACACCCUCUCUGUGCAGGUGGAGGCCUUGCUCUUGGUCAACACCUCCAUGUCGGUGGUGGUGACGGUGAGGGACGUGAACGACCACUCUCCCUGGUUCCCUGGCGCUGACACCGUGCUGUCGUUUGGGAUCAGGGAAGAUGUUCCUGUGGGGACGACGGUGUACGCCUUUAACGCGCGGGACGCAGAUGGGAGUCUUCGCUACAGUGCAUUGCGUUACUCGAUGUCCUUCGACCCCUCGACUCCUCAGGAAGAGCUGCCUUUCCAGGUCCAUGCUUCCACGGGAGUCCUCACAACCACCAUGCCACUGGACCGUGAACACUCUGCUAUGUAUCAUAUCACUGUGACUGUCACCGACCAAACAGAGAAGACAGACGGUCAGAAACAGGCUUCCAUCACUGCUCAGGUGUUCCUGCUGGAUGUCAAUGACAAUAGUCCCACCUUUGUCUCCGCUGACACCAUCCACGUGGCAGAGGACAUGGAGGUGGGGAGUUUCAUACAUCACGUCAUCGCCAGGGACAUAGAUGAGGGCAGAAACGGACAGGUGACCUACAGCUUGCAGAGUGAAGACUCUCUUUUCUCAUUGAAAAAGACAGGACUAUUAUAUUUGGUAUCGUCUCUGGACUAUGAAAUGAAGGCUGUGCACACUCUAACUCUAGUGGCCUCAGACCAGGGUCUUCCUCCACGCUCCUCCACCCAGACCCUCACGGUGGCGGUGGGGGACAUCAAUGACCAGGCACCUCAGUUCCAGCACACCGUGUAUAAUGCUACUGUGUCUGAAAACCAAGAGCCUGGAGAACACGUCAUCUUUGUGGCUGCCUUUGAUGGAGACUCAGCUGAGAAUGCUGCCCUCUACUACAGCCUGUUGCCAGGCCCUGGCUACGACCUCUUCUCCAUCAACUCUCACACAGGAGAGAUCCGCACGUCUGCUCAUCUGGACAGAGAGGUUCAUCAGGCCUUCAGCCUGAGAGUCCAGGGUCGAGACAGUGGGCUGCACUCCCUCUCGGGCACGACGACAGUCCUUGUCUCUGUUCUGGAUGAGAAUGAUAAUGCGCCAGAGUUCAUGCAGCGCUCUGUGCACAUCCGCAUCCAAGAGAACCUCCCCCCUGGAGUCAUCCACACGGCCCAGGCCUCCGAUCCCGACAGCGGUCCAAAUGGCACCAUCACAUACACGCUCUAUGUUGAGGAAAGUGGUAGUUUUGAGAUCAAUCCCACUUCUGGUGCUGUGAGUACGACACAGAUUCUGGACAGGGAAGAGCGUGAGAAUUACACCCUGCUCAUCACUGCUACAGACCACGGUCCUGUACCACGGAGCUCCACCACCCAGCUCCACAUCACCCUUUUGGACGAGAACGAUCACAGCCCAGCCUUCACCCGUAAGAGCUACCGUGCGGUCAUCAGUGAGGCGCUUCCUGUUGGCUCGGAGGUCCUUCGGCUGAGUGCCAGAGACCCUGACCUUGGCCCCAACGGGGAGGUGACCUUCUCUCUGGCUGAAGACUCUCUGGGGGCCUUCUCAGUGAACUCCUCAACAGGGGUGAUCAGCACCAGCAGACUGCUGGACCGUGAGACGCGGUCACAGUACAGUUUCCGAGCCGUGGCAACAGACAACUGCAGCCAAGGUCCUCGCAGUUCAGUUGCCAUGGUGACAGUGCAGGUGGAGGAUGUGAAUGACAACUCGCCCGUCUGUGUUGACGAGCCUGUUCGAGGAUCAGUCACUGUGGGGACAACAAAGGGGAAGAUCGUAGCCAUAGUAAUAGCACAGGAUCCAGACCAGGGCCCUAAUGGGACAGUGGUUUUCAGUUUGACAGAGGGGGGUGAGGGGGAUGAAGGUGGAAGAGGUGUGUUUGAGAUUGGCAGGACAUCUGGAGAGGUGCGUCUGAUGUCUCCCCUGCCUGACGGAGCCUCAGGGACCAGAGUCCUGCACGUGCAGGCCGCAGAUCAGGGCACACCCCCGCUCACCUCCACCUGCCUGCUGCUCCUACAUCUGAAUGGGGAGCAGAAUAACCUCAGAUUCACCGAACAAACCUAUGAGGUGGCUAUUCCCGAGAACAGCAAAUCUGGUUCCUGGGUGGCAAAUGUGGUGGCCCAUGACCAAAGCUCAGGAGAAGGAGCCAUCAUCUACAGCAUUUUCAAUGGCAAUGAGAAUGAGGCCUUUGCCAUCAAUCCUUUAACAGGUGAUAUAACCAUAAAGGACCAAAGCUGUCUUGACUACGAGAGUGACAAGAGAAUUCAUCUGGUGGUGCUGGCUGAAAAUGGACAGCAGACCACCUAUGCACGGGUCACGGUGAACCUGAAGGACAUGAACGACAACCUGCCUAUAUUUAAGCAGGCCUAUUACCGAACCGCAGUCUGGGAAGGACAAAUGCAUAACACAUAUGUCAUGCAGGCAUUUGCUACGGAUGCUGAUAGUGGCAUGAAUGGACAGCUUGACUACUCCAUUGUGUCUGGAAACCACAACGAUGCCUUCAUCAUCGACUCAAUGAGGGGAAUUCUGGCCACUAACAAAGUCCUGGACCGGGAGAUCACCUCAUCCUACAAGUUGGUGCUCCAGGCCGUGGACAGGGGAAGCCCCCCUCUCACAGGCACCAGCACGGUGAGAGUCCAGGUGGUGGAUGUGAACGACAACAGCCCUGCCAUCCCACCCACAGAGCCGGUGGUCAUUGCUGAGAAUCUCCCCCCUGGCUACGUUGUAACCCAAAUUACUGCCAACGAUGUAGACCUCAGUUCCACUGUAACGUACCAGUUUCUUGGGGACACGGCCGCCUAUGGCAACUUUGCCAUUGACCGCUAUACUGGAGUAAUCACCAUGACCCAGAGUCUGGACCACGAGGAGGAGAAUGAGUACGUCCUGACAGUGCAGGCCUCUGACUCGGUCCACCAUACGCAGGCCGACGUCCAUGUCCUGGUAGUGGAUGUGAAUGACAACGCUCCUGUCUUUUCUCAGGAGUCCUAUCAGGUGACGUUGCCAGAGCUGACAUCGUCUGGCACAUUUGUCCUGACUGUGUCUGCCACAGACAGAGACUCAGGGCUAAAUGGCAAGAUCUCAUACAGACUUCUCUCCUCUCCUCUGAAAGGCUUCUACAUUGAUGCACAAAAUGGAUCUGUGUUUACAAACAAGCCGUUGAAGUAUGUGAAUGAUGGCAGCAUGAUCCAGCUGCUGGUGGAGGCCCAUGACAGCGGAGAUCCUGUCCUGUCUAGUGUGACCUCUGUGGACAUCAAGGUGCUGGAUGCCAAUGACCACGCCCCUUACUUCCUGCAAGACGCCUAUCAGGUGGAGUGCCCCGAGGACACAGCCCUGGGCAGCACCCUUUUGACCCUUAUGGCGAAAGAUGAAGACUUCUCAGAGGAGAACAGCGUCCUGGACUACAGCAUCAGUGGCGGUAACGAGGAGAGGCGGUUUUGCCUGGAGGUCAUCGCAGUUCGUUUGGAAGAUCAGCUUAGGAGUGUGGCCCACGUGGUCCUCUGCGACCCGCUGGACCGUGAGACCACAGCUGCAUACUCUCUAAUCGUGACCGUGUCUGACAGGGGAGUUCCCCCUCUCAACAGCUCCGCCACCGUAUCUGUGACUGUGCUUGAUGUGAAUGACCACUCUCCCGUUUUUGGUUGUACAGAAUAUCACGUCCAAGUCCGUGAGAACAGUCUACCUGGCACUUUUAUUGUACAGGUAUCAGCUCACGAUGCUGACGAAGGAUUGAAUGGAAUGGUGAAGUAUGACAUUAUCUCUGGUAAUAGUAAAGGUCAUUUGAAGCUAGACCCCUUGACGGGGGUACUAGAGGUCAACCAUAGUUUGGAUUACGAGGAGGAGUUCAAAUAUACCUUGACCAUACAAGCAUCUGAUGGAGAUGCACAAGGCAAUAGGCGGAUCUCUUUCGCAGUCGCCUUUGUGUCUGUGCUGGAUGAGAACGAUAACUCCCCAUACUUCACACAUCCCACUGUCAACUGCUCUGUGCUGGAAAACCAGCCUGCCUUCACCCCAGUGUGUGUGGUCCACGCUGUCGAUCAGGACGCUGGGCCAUUUGGAAGGAUCACCUACUCCAUCUUAUCCUCUUGCUUCAUGGACUAUGGCAGCGGCAACCCAGACAGGAAGGAGGCCUUUGCCAUCGACCCUCUGACUGGUGACAUCCACACCCGGCAGACAUUUGACUACGAGAGGGAGAGUGAGUACUGUUUUGUUGUGGAGGCCAGAGACAGGGGUGAUCAGGCGGCCACCAUCAGAGUGCAGGUUGACAUUGAAGGCCUGGAUGAGUUCAGCCCAGUGUUCACCCAGAGACACUACCGCUUCCUCUUGCCAGAGCAGUCCCGAAUGGGACAGGCCCUGGGCCAAGUUGUGGCAAUGGAUCACGAUGGAGGCUUAGACGGAGUGGUGGAGUACUCCCUGGCUGAGCCUUCUCCAUUCUUCAGUGUCAAUAAAACGACUGGUGCUGUCUACAUCUCUGGUCCGGUGUACAGACGGAGAGGUAGCUCUGCCACUGAGAGCACAGUUGAGCUCAGAGUGCAGGCCAACAGUCCAAGGUUUGAGUCCAGGUCAAGCUCUUGCAUGGUUUUUGUAAACAUUUCAAACUCAGCUGAGGCUCUGACAGGCUUGUCUUUGAGUGUGCAGAUGGUCAGCCUCAGCGCUGCACUGACUGUUUUCCUCCUGCUGCUGAUUAGUUUUGUUGCCGUUGUGCUGCGGUACAAGACCAAGGAGGCCGCGCUGAAGAAGGCCGCCUGUAUUGCUGCCAACUUGAACAACGGAACGGGCACGUUUGGUCGGAAGGGUGGCCCACGCCACAAUGGCAUAAACCUGCAAGACAUGCGAAGCCAAAUGCGUGCCAAGCUGGAUAUCUCUCACCCCUUGACGAUGUCUGACACAAGCCUACGGGGCUCUGCAGAGGGUGAGACUGCAGAGGACCAGGAGAUUAAAAUGAUCAACGAGUACCCCUGCCUCAGGAAAUCCGAGCUGACGCUCAGCGAUCAGGGAUCCCACAUGCCAGACUCCGGCCUCGCCAGGGACUCUGACCAGUUCUCCUGUCAGUCGGAGGACAGGGAGCUCUGCACCGCCAGCUCCUCGUUUCCUGCCAGUCUGGGAACAGCAAUGGCCAGCGCUGAAAGCCUUCAUAAUUUCAGAGAAGAGGGAGGCGGCGAGGCAAUGCUGUCACGUGUUUUGAAUAUGAGAGAAGUGGAGGAGAGAAUGAUAGAUUACAACCCCCUGAUGGACAGUCAGGCGACGCUUGACGGGUCGCUGGCAUCGCUGACUUGUGCAGAGGAGGAGCACAAGGGCAGCUACAGCUGGGACUACCUCCUGAACUGGGAGCCUCGUUUCCAGCCACUGGCAUCCGUGUUCACUGACAUUGGUUCUCUGCCAGAUGAGGAGGCCAUUGGCCACAGCUCAGGAUCAGAACUGUCCAGCCUGAUGCGUCCACCACCCCUCAUCACUGCAGUGGCACAGCCUGGCAUACGGGCCGUUCCUCCCAGAAUGCCUACUAAAAUAGCAACCCUCGGCAGGCGGCCAUCCUACCCCAAAUAUGCCUACUCUCCUCUGGGUCGCAACAGCGGACUAAGUCCCGCUGCAAUGACGCCCUGUUUCUCGCCCACUCUGUCUCUGCUCACAAUGAGAACACCCAAUGCCUCCCCAGUUGUCUCCGAGACGGGCAUGGUGGGACACACCAAAAUAACUCCCCUUCCUGGCAAUAUCAUUUGUGAUGGAGAAAUACAGGUCUAACUUUCAGGAAAGGAUGAAAAGGGAUAAUCUGGAAAGGACACAUGAUUGUCUGUCUGGAAUGUCACUUUCUGUGUACAUUUUCAGUGAUGAAGCCAUACUUGUAUGCCAGGUACUUUGCAUAUCAGGCAUCCUAAUGUCAAGUCAUUUGGACUGGAUGAUUUUCUAAAUGGCAGAGGUCCAGUGAGCAUUUGUGUUGUAUGUACCAGUGUGUUUAACCAGGUUUUGUUCUCUGAAUGCAGCAGGUCAGCACUGCCAUAUUGUGCCGGUUAUGACUCUGAUCUGUUCUGUUCUUAAAUAAAUUUAGCCAAACAUCA